AUGGCUAGGACAGUACCCACCGACCCCCCCGCGCGCCCCGCUCCCUUAGAAGCUCCUUCUGCGCCCGCUCCCUCCGCUGCCAUGCCGCAUUCCUCUUCCGCCGCCGCCACUGGCCCUGCAGCAAGCGCGCCUGCAACGAGCGCGCCUGUAACGAGCGCGGCUGUAACGAGCGCAGGCGCAUCGAGCGCGGCGGUGGCGGAGCAGUACCGCGCGCUGCUUGAGAAGGCGUACGGGAAGUUCGCGCGGUUGCGCGAGCUACCGUUGUACGGGCGGCAGCGGUGGGAGGCGCACUUCCACAAGGCCUUCAGCGUCUACUCGCGCCUCUGGCGCUUCCAGCAAGAGCACCGCGCGCGCCUCGUCGAGAUGGGCCUCAAGCGGUGGGAGAUCGGCGAGAUCGCGUCGCGCAUAGGGCAGCUGUAUUACAACUACUAUCUGCGCACGGGCGACGCCAGCUACCUGCUCGAGGCGUUCAUAUUCUACGAUGCCAUUCACAGGCGCGAGUACUUCAGAGAGGCGGCGCGCAGUGAGGCGGCGGUGGCGCACAAGCAGCUGCGGUGGCUGGCGCGGUUCACGGUGGUGUGUGUGCUGCUGGGGCGGAGGGACAUGCUGCGCCACCUGCUGUGGCAGCUGCGCAUGGCCGUCGAUGACUACUCGCGCUCCUUCCAGGCAGGGGAUGCAGCGGAGUGGAAGGGCGUGGUGCACGAGGCGGUGCGCUUCCUGAGAGCCGACUGGCCCUCAGACUGCCCACGACCGCUGCGCUACAGCGUGCUGCUCGACCCGCCCCCCGGCGCCCUGCCCCCCGUCGCCGCCCUCAUGCUGCCCGCCGCCCCCCGCGCGCUCUCCCUGCAGGAGGUCGUUCUCACCAGCUUCUACCCGCUGGAGGUGAAGUUGAGCGAGGUGACUCUAGACGCUUUCCGCAUGCUGCAGGCCGUCGAGUGGCUGCCCAGUGGCUUCUUCCUCCCCUCCAAGCAAGGGGGCGUCGCCACACAGGGCUUCACUGCCACGGGUGGCGCGGGCGGCGGGGGCGGCGAGGGGCCGCGCCUGGUGGGCGGCGCGGAGGAGAACGUGGUGGAUCCGAGCCUGCCGCCCAACCCGCAUAAGUACGUGCUGCACCGCCCGUCCGUGCCGCACCUGCUGAUGGUGCUGGCAACAGCAGUGGAGGAGUUGCCUGCUGAUGCCGCCCUGCUGCUCUACCUCUCCGCUGCCGGCUCCCUCGCCCCCACUGCCGCCCCCACCCUCGCCUCCUCCUCGCAGCCUCCUGCUGCUCCCACUGCAGCUGCCAGCGGUGCUGCCGUGGCGCCAGGGGCAGCUGCCGUGGCUGGCGCCCCUGCUGCAGCAGCAGCGACGGCAGAGGCAGCAGAGGGAGGCGCUGGUGGCAAAGCCGAGGGCAGGGCGGGCAGUAGUGCGUGCAGUGGGGCAGUUGAGUCUCAAGGGGGAGGCAGGGCGCAUAAGAGUGAGCAGGCACACAGGGGGGAGGGGGAAGGGGGCGUGGCGGGAGGGGGAGUGUGGGUGAGGAUGAGGGGGGAGGGCGAGGCGGCCAGCAUGUGCUGUCUGCUGCCGGCUGAUAUCCUGCCCUUCACCCGCCGCCCACUCGUGCUCAUAGUGGAUAGUGACAAUAGCGCUGCCUUCCAGUGGCUGAGCGGCAGGGAGAGAGGAGAGCCGUGUGCCAUGCUGCUGUCGCCGCGCCUGCAGCCUGACAUCAGCACCGCUCCCCGCCCGUCCCAACCUGUCACCACUACCACUGCCACCACUACCACUGCCACCACUACCACUGCCACCGCCAGUGCCGAUGGCGCCGCCUCUCUCUCCACUCAACCUACCUCAUCUGCUGCUGACGUGGCACCAGAGCCUCCUGCUGUUGUCAAUACUGCUGCUGCUUCCAACCCCUCCACUGCCCCCUCCACUGCCCCCUCCACUGCCCCCGCAUCUGAAACCCUCUCCUCCUCCACCUCCUCCACUGCACCGCCUGCCCUGUCGCUCGCCACAGCCACGCACGUGGCGGGCGGCAAUCUCUUCACGCUCUUCCUCACCGCCCCUCUGCAGGCCUUCUGCCGCCUCACUGCCGUGCCCCUGCCCGACAUUCCCAAGGAGCAGUACAUGGGGUGGGAGAGGCAGCUAGCCAUGCAGCUAUCGCAGUGGGGCUCAUCGCUCGCUGCCUGCCCAACACUGCCCCUGGCCUGGGCGCGUCUGCUGCUCGACCCCUUCCUGCGCCUCUUCCUCCUCAGCAGCGCCGGCCACUCGUCACUGCCGGAAAAGGACGAUCGAUCUGAGGUGGUGGGUGGUGCUGCUGGGGGGGCUGAUGUUAAAGCAGUGGGGGCAGUGGGACGAUAUGAAGGAGGGGAGGGUGGGGAGAGAAGGGGCGACGGUGGUGCAGAGUCAGGUGACAGCACUAUUACAGGCACAGGCACAGAGGGUGGGAGUAAGAGUGGGGGUGAGGGAGGGAGCGUUGUGAGUAUGGAGGAGAAAAGGCAGCGGUUUGCAGCUGGGAGGAGCGGAGGGGUGCCGGUGCUGGGCGGCUUGGGAUUUGAUUCUUUCAGACAAGACCUGCCGCUUGCGGGUGGCAGUGCAGUGCAGCGCAGGGGUGAGGCAGAGGGCGAGUGGGAGCGCCCUGCAGUGGGGCGUGACGGCUGA